AUGUCAGUUCCACCAUUGGGAUUGAAGAGACUCAUAUCCAUAGAAUUUCUUCCAGAUGACACAGCCUUACCUGAUGCGGAUACUUGUUUUUUGAUUUUAAAGUUACCAAUUAAACAUGAAGAUUUUGAAGAAUUCUCCAAAAAUAUGAUGGUUGCUCUAAAAUUUGCCUGCUGUGCAUUUGGUGAUAAUUAA